AUGGCGGACCAGAAUUCUGGCAAGAAGAAGAUACCAGCGUUUGUGUCAAAGCUCUUCUCAGGAUUUCAGGGCAAGAAGACUGCCAAGGCGGAGGUGCCACAGCCCCUGGAGACUGAGGCGCCAGCUACUGUGCAUUAUGAAGGCCAGAAGCUCAAGGUUGGCGCUGUGCCCGAUGGCAACACACUGGUGAUUGAGCCCGACUGGAAGGUUCCAGAAAAGGACAAUGCAGCAACGAGAAUUCAGAGUGCAUUUCGAAGGUUCAAGGCCCGAGAAUUAUAUGAACAGUUGAGAGCACUGCGGAGUAUGAACCUUGAGAUUCGAUGGCCAUCUGGCAAUCCUUUCAUUGGGUUUCUCAUUGUUCGAGUUACAAGCAUAACUGCCCUGCAAGGAGUGAAACAUCCUCUUCUGCGUGCCAAGUGCGAUGGAGACCAGACGAUCAAUGUUCCAGGAGGGCGUGACAAGCAUGGCGACAUUCAAUAUGAUGACCGAGCGACGUUCUGCUUUGUUGUUAUUCGAAGCAGCACGGUGAUCACGAUCGAAGUGUUGCAGAGCCUGGAGCUGGCGACAAGGAUACUUGGAAAGGUCAACUUGCCAGUGUCUGACCUUGCACAAGGGGUUCACGAUCGAGAGGAGAAGGUGUUGUCUCCAGCAGGGAAGGAAAUCGGCACCAUGAAGUUGACAGUGGGCUAUGGAUGGUCAAGGGGCACACACGAUGAUGGAGGGUACGAAGGCCCAGCUUAUGUUUUCCUGCCAGCUAGGAAAUUCCGAGGCACAAGUGCUGACAAGAUGGUGGAGCGGCUCUGGCAGGUCAACCACUGGUUGUGUUCACAUGACAACAUCUGGUGCGCUUCCCAGUCUUUUGCAGACCUUGUGAAGCUGGCAGUAGAGAAGAAGAGAGAAGAACAGAAAGUUGUGGCCUUGUUGGAGUCUGGACCAGGAGAGGCAGCGUCGAUUGCUGCUCUGCCAAAAGAGGAGCAAGACAUUGCCAUCAAAGCAAAUCUGGAGCUGCAGGCAGCAGGGCAGGGGGUGGACUUGCAAGAAACAGCCAACCUGCUCACAGGGGUGUUGGGUGAAAACGCGGGCGCCCGGAUCUGGGAGUCUUAUGAUGCAACGAUGAGCAGCGCCAAUUCGCUGGGUUCGGAGGACUGGCGCCAAGCCGUGGACCAAAUGCAGGAGAUGCCGAUGACCGAUGACUUUGACAAGAGCUGCAGAUUUGACUCCCUGACUAAGGAGUAUUUGGCAGAACUGGAAAAGAUAGAGGCCGAAGAAGCGGAUGGGGAAGAGAACUCAACAACUGAAACUAGUGAGGGCAGUGCCUCUGGGGGCAACAAACAGAAGAGCAUUGAGAUGGCCCAAAGCUCUGGAAUUGUGGACAAACUGCCGCCUUCCAAAAAGGAACGCCAGCCCCCUUCUGGGAAAUCACUGGUUCCUAAGCAUGAAAAGGCUCAGCCGACACCAGCUGUCACUGGCAAAUUCGAAUAUGGUGCCUACAGGCCUGCAUCUCAACGCGGAGUCCACGUCUUCAUGCGUCGCGGAUUUAACUCUGUGGACGCCUCCGCCCCCAGCACUGUAUAUUUGGGCUGCAAGGAGACGUCCAGAUCAGGGAGGUUGCAUGUUGAACUGCCAGAGAAAUUUCUCUAUAGUCCAGGACAUUACCUGGUGCUGGGCCUUCUUCCUGAUGACAACACCUUUGGUCGCGGGUCCAUGUUCAUGUUGGAGCCAGGCACACAGUGUGUUGUCUUCGAUCUUGAUGGAACCGUCACCACAAGCGAUGCCCAUGUCGUUGCACAGGUUCUGCUGGACUCUGUCUCGGUGUCAACGGUGAUUGGCAGCUCCCUUGGUCGCAACUAUGACCUGAAACAGAGGGCCAGCGCCCUCACGGUGUGUCGGGCUUGGGCUGCCAAGGGCUAUCAAGUGGUCUAUUUGAGCGGUCGGCAGGGUUCUGCAUACAACAUGACCAAGGAGUGGCUCAUCAGGCAUGGGUAUCCGCCUGGGCCCAUUCACCUCACGAGGACGCACCUGCCCACACUGCCUGUAUACGUUUCAGUGGGCCAUUUCAAGGUGCAGUACAUGAGGGAGUUGGUCAGCAAGGGAUUGCAGAUUGCUGCAGCAUACGGAAACACGGGCACCGACAUCAAGGCGUAUGAAAAGGCCGGAAUUCCUAAGGAUCGUACAUUCAUAGUCGGGCCCCAUGGAGGAAAGCUGGGCACUGUGAAGGUGAAGGACUUCACCACCCACAUGCUGGACGUCAUGAAGUUUCCAAAUGCGAGCAAACCCAUACCGUAUACAGAGCUGCUGUUGCCGGACCUCAGCAAAUCGUGA